CUCACAUUGGUCGCUCACCUUCUCGCGUCCUUCAUCGUUCACCAUGUUCUUGACACGCUCUGAAUACGACCGCGGUGUCAACACCUUCUCUCCAGAGGGGCGUUUGUUCCAAGUCGAGUACGCCAUUGAGGCAAUCAAGCUCGGCUCUACCACCGUCGGCGUCAAGACCCCCGAGGGCGUCGUCAUCGCUGUCGAGAAGCGCGUACAAUCCCCCCUCCUCGAAGCCUCCUCCAUCGAAAAGAUAAUGGAGAUCGAUCGCCACCUCGGCUGCGCCGUCUCCGGGCUCACCGCGGACGCGCGCACGAUGGUCGACCACGCGCGGGUGACCGCGCAGAACCACGCGUUCGUGUACGACGAGCGGAUCAAGGUCGAGAGUUGCACGCAGGCGGUGUGCGAUCUGGCCCUGAGGUUCGGGGAGAGUGUGCACGAUGAGGAAGCGAUGAUGAGCAGGCCGUUCGGCGUGGCGCUGCUUAUUGCGGGGAUUGAUGAGUUGGGGCCGCAAUUGUUCCAUACCGACCCAUCAGGGACGUUCGUGCGGUACGACGCCAAGGCUAUCGGAUCUGGCUCUGAGGCAGCACAGUCCGAGCUACAGGACAAAUGGCAUAAGCAAAUGACGCUGCAGGAGGCAAGAAUCUUGACCUUGCGUGUCUUGAAGCAGGUUAUGGAGGAGAAGCUGGAUCAGAACAACGUGCAGGUCGCGCAGGUAACACCAGAGAAGGGCUUCGAGAUCCUGGACAAUGCGGCUCUGCAGGCAGUGAUAGAUGUCAUGUAAACGCGCGUUUUCUGCAUUGAUGAUAAUUGUACGAUAUACAUGGGACUCUGGCUGACUUUCCAUCCUCCUGAGGAAGCCGCAGCAUAUUCUGCGUAGUAGAGGUUCGACGAGGGUGACGCUUGAAAGGUGCCCUCCUGUAUGGACGCCACAAAUAGCGCCCUUUAUUCUUUACUCUGAUCGCCCAUUGUUCUCCGUCAGGCUGGCGGACG